UAAAGGUAGGCUCAUUCGGAGACCUGUGAGGGAUUAUAGAAACAGCAGCACAGGCCAGCAUCGAAUAGAAACAAAGCCGCAGCCUUUAAAAGAAAGGAACAACCACAGCAAUGCUUGCAAUGUUUAGACAUAUAAGAGACAACAGAAGAAGGCACCUCAGAAAAGAAAGCCCACCUUCAGAAGAAGAGACCAGCAAAGGUGCUGACUGUAUGCUGAAAAAACCAUGGAGGUCAUUUGAUCUGUCAUCUGGAGGAAGAAAACAACUGAUGGAUGAGAUCGCAGGAUAUAAGCCUCCCUUAAAAUCUGUGCCAAAAAUCCGGGUUCUGUUCAUUGGGCAAAUUAGUGCUGGGAAGUCCAGCUUUUUCAACUCAGUAGAUUCUGUUUUCCAGGGCCACGUGCUUCAUCUUGCAGCGACAGGAGCAGAUGACAAAAGUGUGACAAGGAAGUACAGGACCUAUGAAGUGAAAAACAGAAGCACUGGAAAGCCAUUGCCCAUCAUCUUCUGUGACACCAUGGGGCUAGAAGAAGGAGAAUUUGCCAGCCUGAAAAUGGAUGAUGUGAUCAACAUAUUAAAAGGACACAUUCCUGAUGGGUAUCAGUUUAAUCCAAGUGCAGCUAUGCAACCAAGUGCCCCCGGCUACAUUAAGUCUCCAUCACUGAAGGACCAGAUUCACUGCGUUGUGUUUGUCAUUGAUGGAUCCAAGGUUGAAAUCCUCUCUGAGAAGAUGGAAGGAAAGCUAAAAGAAAUUCGACAAAAAGUUAUUGAGCUUGAAUUGCCACAGCUUGCAUUACUUACUAAAGUGGAUGAAAUUUCCUCUUUUCUUAAAGAAGAUGUUUCAGAUGUGUACAAAAGCCAAGCUGUUAAAGAAAAGUCUCCUGAGUUCUUGGCUAGAGUCUUUAACGGGAUGUAUGACUGA